CUUCCGAUGUAAACAGGAAGUGUCGCGAGUUUAUGAAACUUGGAAACUUGAAAGAAAGACAGAUGUUUUUGAAAUAAUAAUACUGUGAAAUUUAUCACCUUUAUGUGUAAUAAUAAACAAGGAAUUAAACAUGCACUAAUCAUAGACAUAGUUUGAUAACAAUACUUUCAUCUUCAUCAUGAGCGACCAAAAGCGGAAACGUGCAAACAGUGAAGAAACCGACCAAUUAACCGAAAGGGCAAAAGUGAAAGUAGCAAGAUUACACACUAUGGCUUCUAAAGAUUCCCCUCCACAAAGUCUCUCUGUUAAGGGACCUCACCAAUUUGACAAAGACUUUCCACAAUUUAGAGAACCGCGAGAGGUUGGCAGCUUCUCACAAGAUUCAAACAGACAAUAUCAUCCGGAUAAAAGGCAGUUGAAAUAUGUUGUACACUAUCCAAAUAAGUCUGUGAAUUUUAAUCUGAGGAAGGGCUUCAAGGAAAUGAUUAAAAAAGAUGAAUCUAAGUUGGAAUAUAUAGAUGACCUGUUGCGAUGGGUAAUAAGUGAACCAAGAGCCUUUGUUUCUAAAGAAAGUGGCCAUCAAAUAAAGUUAUCUAGUUUAUCCACAGACUUCGUAUGUUGGCGAGGCUUAUUAACCAAGUUGCUAUGUUCACCAUAUGAAAAUAGGGACGGAUGGAUGAUUGCUGUUAUUUUAUAUAGAGGAACAUAUUUUCUGUGUGAUUUUGAAACAGAGGAGAAAAAGAAGCAACUAGCUAAAGUAACAGAAAGACAAGAAGAAAUGUGUUAUUGGGGUUGGAAGUUUGAACAAUAUGUAACAUCUGAUAAAGAAGGGGGUAAACCUGAUACAUCUAGACCUGUUAAUAAUAACGAAGGAUUCUGUUCUGUUGUACGUUCAAGGUUAAACAAAAAUUCACUAGUUUAUGGUGGUGAAGUUGAUGGGAUAGAUAACACUAUAAAUAACAGUAAUAAAUAUGUCGAGUAUAAAACUACACGUCAAAUAGAGACUAGAAACCAAGAUAUUAAUUUCAGAAGAUUUAAAUUAAUCAAAUGGUGGGCUCAGAGUUAUCUAGUUGGCAUUAGUAAAAUAGUUUGUGGUUAUCGAGAUGAUCAGGGCAUCGUUCAUUCUUUAGAUGAAUUUAAGACACAGAAAAUACCAGAUGAAGCUAAAGAUUUGUAUAAUCCAUGGAAGCCAAAUGUGUGUUUUAAUUUCCUCGAUCAAUUUUUAAACUUUGUUAAAAGUGCAAUUAAUACUGAUAAUCCAAAGAUAGUACACAUACUUGAAUGGAGUCCAGGGCAUGAUGUUGUUUGUCAAAGAACGGAAAAUGAAAAAUACCAAUUUUUACCAGAUUGGUUUAUUAAUUGGGAGGGGUGGGAUGCUUAAAGCAUUUAUGGCUCAAUUAUACUUGUAAUAAAUUCUCCCUUUUUUAUUCAUGGUCUAUGCCAACUGGCCAUUGAAUGGUUAUUAUUUGAGAGUUAUUUCCCUUGCCACAAGAUUAUGUUUUGUAAAUAUUGGUACAGAGUAUAGCCUACUAAAUGGUAUGCUUCUAGAACACCCGAUACCACUUCUCAGUUGAGGACAUAGUCAACUAACUUUUGUUAUCUAUACAAAUCUGAUUAAAACACAGAUCCUAUUUCGUUUCGUUUUUUAUAGUUCAAAAUUUUGUUUUACUUGCUUUACAACACUAGGAUCUGGAAGAGUUGUUAUAUAACCUGCAUUCCGGUUGAUGAAUGUAGGGAUUAGCCAAUGAAACGGUCUGUUGCAGCGAGUUCUUGGCGUGCGAUGCAAGGAACUGUGGGUAUCCUACUAGAAACAUCAAAUUUCUGACGUCAUGGGGUCAAAAGCCGCACGCAUAACCCCUGAUGCGACCUCCCACUACAACUGGUCAGAUCUUCAAAUAGUAGAGGCCAUCGAAAGUAUAAAAAAAUGAAACGAAAUACAGAUCUGUAUUUUAAACACAUUGUAUCUAUACUAAAUGGACGGCAAAUCAAUGUUGUACUCUUGUUCAUUUUUAUACGACCACAUGGAAAUAACUGUAUGAAACACAUUUAUGAUUCUAAUAUUUGUCCCCCGCCUUUCAAAGAAAGCAGGGGACUAUUAAAAUGGGUUUGUCUGUCUGUCUGUCCGUCACACUUUUUGGGACACAAUAACUCUCCUUCUAAUUGAGCUAGAAUUUUCAAACUUGGUUUAGGUGUUUAUUAGGUCGAUGCCUUGAUGGAGUUCGAAGAUGAGCAUUUUCUUCUUAGGGUAAGCAGAGAUAAGCAGUUUGAUUGGUUUAUGCUUUGGGACAUGAUAACUUUAGUUCUGAUUAAGUGAGAGUGAUGAAACUUGGUGUAUAGUUUCAUCACAUCAAUACCUUGACUAAGUUCGAUAAUGAACAUUUUCUCCUGAGGGUAAGCAGAGCGAUAAGCAAUUUGAUUGGUCAAGACUUUGGAACAUAACAACUCUGCUUUUAAUUGAGGUAGAAUGUUUAAACUUGAUGUUGAUGUUUGUUAGGUUAAUUCUAUCUGAUAGAGAGAGAUGAAACUUAGUGUAUAGUUGAUAAUCAGUUUGAUUGCUCGAUACUUUUGAAAAAGAUAAACGUGCAAUUAAUUAAUAUGUGUCAUCUAUUUAUUUCGGGAUUUCGGUGGGGACAUCAGCCUCACUGUUGGCUUGUUUCAUAUUUAAUAGGGGUUUUCCUUAUACAUCAAUGGAAAAUCUCACCAAGUUUUAAAAAAAUCACUGCAAUUUGAAAAAAAAGAUCUAUAGUGUGUAGCGCGUUCACAAAGAAAGUUUGACGGAAGGCCAUUGUGACAAUUUCAUAUUUUAGCUGGAUUUCUCCGGUCAGACAAUCACCAGUUUUCUUAUUUUUUGUGGCCUUAUUAAGGCUAGAAUUUUUAUAUGAAUAACAUUUUAUUUUUGUAACAAAUUUUUAGGCUACUAUAUAAGCACACAAUAUUUACAUAAAGUUUUAAGGUUCGAAUAAUCAUCUUAAAAGAAUCUCAUAAAAGUCUUUCAACUGCUUUAACUUCUUCUCUAUUUAAAGGCUGUAGUCCAAAACCUUUUACACCGUCUUGAUUUUGUAAAUCACGUAAUUUAUCUACUUUUGGUUUCAGUUCAUUCCGUGUAUCUUUAAUUUCAUUUUCUAACUGACUAAAAUCUGAAAUAUAAAACAGUAAUAUGUCGUUACAGAAACAAUGCUGCCAUAUUAUGCCUUCUUUGCCAAGUUGGUGUUGUCAAAAGCCCUCCUGUGUAUUUAGUCAAUGAAAAUUGAUAAUGUAAUAGCCAUUGCCAUUUAAGAACUAAAUAAAUGAACUGGGAUUUAA